AUGGCGCAGAGCAAGGAAACAGGGGUGUCGGUCACAUCCCAGGUCGACCUGGAGUCGACAAAUGCGAAUUUAUCGCCUGAGAAGAAGGGCACUGUCGAUGACCAGCGAGACAUGUUCCGUAUGGGCAAGCACCAAGAGCUGCGACGUAACUUUCGUUUUGUGUCCAUUUUCGGUUUCUCCAUGAUUCUGAUGGCCAGCUGGGAGACCAUUUUGGGCACGUCUAUUAUCGGUUUGAUCAAUGGUGGGACUGCUGGCAUGAUCUGGCUCUUCCUGGUGGCCUGGAUCGGCUUUCUGGCUGUUAACACCUCGAUGGCUGAAAUGGCUUCAAUGGCUCCGACAUCAGGUGGCCAAUACCACUGGGUGAGCGAAUUUGCGCCUAGAAAGUAUCAAAAGUUCAUGAGUUUUAUUGUUGGUUGGUUUUGCGUGCUUGGAUGGCAGACAGGGGCGGCGAAUACAGCUUUCUUGGCUGGUACCCAAAUACAAGGUCUCGUUGUUCUGAACUAUACCGACUACGCACCUCAGAGAUGGCACGGCACCCUCUUGACCAUUGCGGUAGCAUCGUUUUCCGUCUUUUUCAACACGUUCUUGGUUAAGAAGCUACCGCUGGUGGAAGGCAUUGUGCUUAUUAUCCAUAUCUUCGGCUUCUUUGGCGUGCUCAUCACGCUCUGGGUUCUGGGUCCUCGUGGAAAUGCGAGCGACGUUUUCACCACGUUCAACAACUAUGGCGGCUGGAGCAGCAAUGGGCUUUCCGCAAUAGUGGGUAUCCUGGCCGUCAUGAUUCCGCUGCUGGGUGCAGAUGGCGCAGUCCAUAUGUCUGAGGAACUUCGGGAUGCCUCCAAGGUGCUUCCUCAGAGCAUGAUCGCGACCACGGUGCUCAACGGUGCAAUGGGUUGGAUCAUCCUCAUCACCUUCUGUUUCGUUCUUGGCAACCUCGACGAUGUCAUCAGUUCGCCUACUGGACAGCCUUACGUCCAGGUCUUUUACAACGCCACCGAGUCAUACGCCGGGGCAUCGGUACUGUCCGCACUGGUGAUCUUCAUGGCAAUCUUCUGCAAUUUGUCCAUCACUGCAACCGCAUCGCGACAACUAUGGUCCUUUGCUCGCGAUCAGGGUAUUCCAGGAUCUCCUUGGUUUGCAUAUGUCCGACCAGGCUGGGACGUGCCCAUGAAUAGUAUCAUUGUCUCCUUCGUCGUGUCAUGCCUGCUGUCGCUGAUCAACAUUGGCUCGACCAUUGCACUCAACAACAUCACAUCCCUGUCUCUGGUCGCCAUUCUAGCGUCUUACAUUGCCUCGAUUGGCUGCCUUUUCUGGAGACGACUCACGUACCAACCACUCCUCCCGGCCAAGUUCACAUUCAGCCGGCCAGUUGGCCUUUUCUUGAACGCAUUCAGUCUCAUGUUCCUGACGCUCGCUUUCAUAUUCGCCUUCUUCCCAGGAAACCCCGAUCCAACUGUCGAGCAGAUGAACUGGGCCUGCUUGAUGUUUGGCGGAGUCAUGCUCUUUGCGAUCAUUCACUACUUCGUGCAGGCGAGGCAUGUCUAUGACGGCCCUGUGGAAUAUGUGCGCAAGUUGGUGUGA